UUUUCUCUGCUGGAAUUGGCAGGUUACGGCGAGAUCUAUCCGGUCACUGUGCCUGGCAGGGUGGUGUGUAUCCUCUAUGCCAUGGUGGGCAUCCCUCUCAUGUUGCUGGUCAUCGGGGAUGUGGGCGACACCCUGGCACGCCUGUUGUCCACAGGCUACCACCACUUGCACAGGCUCCUGAAGCUCCUCCGCCGGCGCCUGAGGCCACGCAAGGGGCGGGCGCUGGCCGGGGGCACGUACACCUUCAGCCAUCAGGUGGUGGUGCGGGAGCCGUUGGACAUCAAGCAGGUGAUCCGCACCCAGGCCUCUGUGAAACGCAAGUCUGUGCGUCUUUUCAACAACGCGGAGAUCUUUGAGCGCAUCAUUGCCCACGAGAAGCUGUUCCGCUCUGUCCCGCUGAUGCGCAGCAGCUCCUGCCCGGAGCUCGACCGCAUGCCGCGGCCACCCAAGGGCUUCGCCAUCUGGGACCUGGAUGGCAUCGGGGAGGACAUGGAGGGGCUGAAUGUGCCGCUGCUGCUCAUCCUGCUGGUGGUGUUCGCCUACAUCCUUUUCGGCGGCCUGGUGCUGCCACUGUGGGAGAAGGAGUUCUCCAUCUUUGACUCGUUGUACUUCUGCUUCAUCACGCUCACCACCAUCGGCUUCGGGGACAUCGUGCCUUCGCACCCCAAGUUCUUCAUGCUCACCUUCGUCUUCAUCAUCAGCGGUAUGGCCAUCAUGUCCAUGGCCUUCAAGCUGGGCCAGUCCAGCAUCGUCAGCUGCUACCGCCGCUUGAUGCGCUGCAUCAGCCGGGGCCGGGUCAAGUACGAGGUCAUUCAUGACGACUGAUGGACAGCUGCCCGUUCGCUAAAGGAGGCGUGGGAUGGGUUUGAUGGCCUGACUGAGAUGGGCUAAUGGACAGCAUGCUUGUCCUGCAGUGGUUUAAAAUGGUUUGAAAUAAACUGAAGGCCCAGCGGUUUCCACGGAGACUGUGACAGCCUUGAUGUACGCAGAGCUAGAUGUAGCUCCUUGAAAGGUUUCUAUGGAUGUUGUGGCUUAGGUAGCUUUAGCAUGAAUCAUUUAACAGGAGCAUGCAGCUAAACAUGUUAGUCUGUAUAAUGAAGUCAACUUCAAGAUGGGAACUUCCAUUUCCCAUAGAUAUUAAAACAAAUAACAAAAUAGUAUUAGCAUUAUUGUGCCUUUAAACAGUCCUGUUUUCAAAUUUGCAUGAUAUAUUAACACCAGAAAUGUCAACUAAGCGGAGUCAGUUAUUCCAUAUAAAAACAAGAAAACUUAGAUUUGACUUUGCUGUGCGGGCAAUCAGUCUAGUUUUGUCCCCUCUGUUACAGAUUCACAGUUUCAGAAUUCUGAUGGGAAACAUUACAGAGAAUGAGGAAUUACACCACCGUAGAAUACAGCAUAUACACAUUUUAUUAUGUAGAUAAGAUGCCUGUCUCCUUAAACAUCUGCUAUCCUUUCAAAUAUACAAAACCUUUGCAAAUGCCAUGUUCUGUUGUGUGCAGUUGUGGUUUGACCACUUAACCUUCACUCUUUUGAAACUCUGCUUCAUCGACCAAUAAGUGUAUUUAGAUGGACCUCACCAGAGACUGUCAACUUAUUCAUGUUUCUGUGCAUUAGUGGUCUCUCAAAGUCUUUCAUCUUACCCACUCUGUGUCUCUGUGCUAUGUAAUGCCAUGGAAUCUGCUGAAGCUCAACCAAAUGACUAAUGACUGUAUCAUGUUUCAUAGAGAGAAGUACUGCUUCGUGUCUAUCUAGUUUCCUAACAGCUAAUUUCCUUAAACAGAUACUUACAGUCUCAAAUGAUAUGGUUUUUGUUUUAUAUGGGGUAAUGAAUCAGUAGCGUUUUUCAAGUAAAAUGAAUAUCUUGUCUGUUAGAUUCAAGCAGAGUGUGGAAACGUUAAGGGUUUGAAGUGCCUGGAUUUGUGUGGAAAUGUUUCAUCACAUACGCAAAUAUACAUUUUCCCUCUCAACAUUCAAAAUACAAUAAUGCAUCUUCUGGUCUGUGUGUUUUUGUUAUUUCUCUUCAACUGGCAUUCAAAUAAAUGCAAAACAUAAUAAAAA